GAUUUCAUCUCCUGGGUGUGGGUGCUUGUCCAUUUCAGAUGCGUGACAGGUGCCCGUGUGUGUGUGUCUGCAGUUUGGGACUGUGGAAGCACGAGCUUACAUAAGUGGUUAGGCAAGCUGGCGUGUGGACUUGUGUGGGAUGGGUGCAGGUCUGCAUAUAAAUCAUGUUCCUGGGUUUCUGCGUGUGAAGCGCACACCGACGGGGACGAGAGCGCAGAGGAUGGCGCUUUUAGAUACUUCCAGUCUUCCGAUGUUGUGAUCGCAGUGUGAGUGAAGAGACCCAGGAUGGCUCAGGGAUCCGGGGAUCAAAGAACAGUGGGGAUUGCUGACCCAGAGGAGAGUUCUCCAAACAUGAUCGUCUACUGCAAAAUUGAAGACAUCAUUACAAAGAUGCAAGAUGACAAGACGGGAGGCGUGCCCAUCAGAACAGUCAAGAGCUUUCUCUCCAAAAUCCCCAGUGUCGUCACAGGUACUGACGUUGUGCAGUGGCUUAUGAAGAACCUUUCCAUUGAGGACCCAGUUGAAGCAAUACACUUGGGAAGCCUUAUCGCUGCCCAGGGCUACAUCUUUCCAAUCUCGGACCAUGUUCUCACCAUGAAGGAUGAUGGUACCUUUUAUCGUUUCCAGGCUCCAUACUUCUGGCCUUCGAACUGCUGGGAACCUGAAAACACUGACUAUGCCAUCUAUCUCUGUAAGAGGACAAUGCAGAAUAAAGCGAGGCUGGAACUGGCAGAUUACGAAGCAGAAAACUUAGCAAGACUCCAGAGGGCCUUUGCAAGGAAGUGGGAAUUCAUCUUUAUGCAAGCAGAAGCACAAGUAAAGAUUGACCGGAAAAAGGACAAGACAGAAAGGAAAAUUUUGGAUAGUCAAGAACGAGCCUUUUGGGAUGUCCACAGGCCUGUGCCAGGCUGUGUGAACACAACAGAAAUGGACAUCCGAAAAUGUCGACGUUUGAAGAAUCCACAAAAGGUUAAAAAGUCCGUGUAUGGCGUGACUGAAGAGUCCCAGGCACAGAGCCCAGUGCAUGUACUCAGCCAACCAAUCAGGAAAACAACAAAAGAGGACAUCCGGAAACAGAUAACAUUUUUGAACACACAGAUCGACAGACAUUGUUUGAAAAUGUCCAAAGUGGCUGAAAGCUUAAUUGCCUACACAGAACAAUAUAUGGAAUAUGACCCUUUGAUAACACCAGCUGAGCCAUCCAACCCUUGGAUCAGCGAUGACGUCGCUUUGUGGGACAUAGAGAUGAGCAAAGAGCCCAGCCAACAGCGAGUAAAAAGAUGGGGCUUCUCUUUCGAUGAGAUAUUGAAGGACCAGGUGGGGCAGGACCAGUUUCUACGAUUCCUGGAGUCCGAAUUCAGUUCAGAAAACCUCAGGUUCUGGCUGGCUGUCCAAGAUCUUAAGAAACAACCCCUACAGGAUGUGGCCAAGAGGGUAGAAGAAAUCUGGCAAGAGUUUCUGGCUCCAGGGGCUCCAAGUGCAAUCAACCUGGAUUCUCACAGCUAUGAGAUUACCAGUCAAAAUGUCAAAGAUGGAGGGAGAUAUACAUUUGAAGACGCCCAGGAGCACAUCUACAAGCUGAUGAAGAGUGACAGCUAUGCCCGCUUCCUCCGGUCAAAUGCUUAUCAGGACUUGCUGCUGGCCAAGAAGAAGCCAGAAAGUGAGCAAGGUCGUAGAACUUCCCUAGAAAAGUUCACUCGCAGUGUGGGAAAGUCGCUGGCGGGCAAGCGCCUCACGGGCCUGAUGCAGUCCUCCUGACCGUUCCCACCGCAGGUCCAGGGCCUGGGCCCGCGGACCCCACGGGCAGGCGGCGACGCUCCACAUCCGCAGACAGAGUUUCCUUACGGGGAGACUUGGUCACUGUGAAGGAGAAAGAGUGAGGGCAACGAAGGGCGAUGGUGGGGAGACUCGGUGGGUGAACGGGGAGACCAGAAAGAAAGAGUCCACAGAGCCUGGGCUGGGCCCAGCGGAGGCUCCUGUUUACAGCCCUCUCUUCUUUGUACAGUUGUAUUCCAACACUCCACUCGCUAAGAGGCCCUGAUCCCAGCUCAUUCAGGGGAGGACGCGUCGUGGGGUUCCUGUCACGACUACCACUUGAGAUUCUAUUAUUAUCCUUACUCCCCUGCUAUCUGUGGGGUCACAGCUUCUGGCAAAUUCAAGAGGAAUGAGUGGACCAAGAGCACAUCCAGUAUUUGCAUCACCUCCCUGGCACCUCCCAUAGUUACAGCCACUACAUCCCCAUCGCCGCCUGUCAUCCCUCACAUCUCUGUGGCCACCCGGGUGUCACCGCCAGCACCAGGCACCGCUUUCACGUAAAAUGUCCAAAUCACGUCUUCAGCAAGAAAGCAACCUCAUGGAUUGCCCCUCCUCAAGUUCUUUCCACCCUCUUUGAGAUCAGCGUUCGGAGAGGUCCCCGCCAGCCUGGUGGCUGCCCUCAGGUCCCAUCACAUGUCUCAAGGGUCCAGCGUUCGCAGAAGCACUGGUGUAGAUGACAGAGCUUGUUUCACAGCUGCGGGAAUUCUGCUGACCAUCUUUUAGAAAAUUAUUUCAUAAUUUAUUCUGGUUUGCCCCCUUGCUCCUUGAUUUAUUGCCUCAUGUUUUACUCAAAAUAAAACAUGGCCAUGAACUCAGGGGCCAUUGGGAUUCUCCCCUCUGGCAGCCCCAGGUAGGAGCUGGGAGGGUCCCCAGCCCAGGAGGUGGCUGGACUACAGGGCUGGCAGCCCCCACGUGGUAGUGUCCUGACAGGCAUGGUGAGACCCUUGCUGGGUCAAGUCUCCUGUGUGUGUGAAGCUGGAGCAGAGUAUGCUGCGAAGGGACCAGGCCAGGCCGCAGGGUUCUCCUCCCAGUCUUUAUCUGAAGGCCCAGCCAAAGCACGCCUCUAAACCGGUCGCCUAGGGGAAAUGCAAAAAUCUGCAAAAGAUCCACCUGUAUUCCCUCUGUGUGUGUGUCAAAAUGACCGUUUGCCAACCUGGCUGUGAGGUAAUGUAUGUAAAGCACCGAGUCAGGUGCCUGAUACGUAGUAGGUGCUUAGCAAACGGUAGCUAAUACUAUCAUCAUUGUCAUUGUUAUUGUGACACCCAUGAGCCCACAGACAGAGCUGUACUAAGUAACCUGUUUUUGAAUCCAGACAUUCACUCCCCCACUUGCUAUGACUAUCCUCCUUUGAUCUAUUUUUGGCCAUAGGUAAAAAAAUCUCUCGUGGGAGCAUAUAAACAAAAAACAUAGAAGCAAUAAAGCGAUCGCUGGUAUUUCUUUUCUCAUGUAGCCAAAUUCACCAGCCGGUGACCGAAGGCUCAGAUGCUUGCUUAUUUGCAGACCCGGCCUCCUGGGUGCUCCCCGAUGACCCAUCCUUCCACCCCACCACCUCCGAGUCCUGUCUAUGUCUGCUUCCACACAGCCCUGUCCCCAGGGCACCAGCCUUCUGUCCCUCACAGCAGUGCCGCCACAGGCCUUAGGAGUCUUCCUUAUGUUGUAUCCUUGUGAGUUCUUGACGGCCAUGCCCCAGUUUCCCUCUCUCGGAGGCACAGUGGAAACUGGAGAGAUGACAGAUGUGGAGUCCUCAGUGUCUCCAGACGUGGCAAUUCUUGCUGGACACCACAUGCUCAGCACAGAGGCUGGUACUUUGGAGGCAGUAACCACUUGAUGAGUGCAUGAAUGACAUGAAGCCCCAUUAUGGGGUCUUUUGACAGGCCCCUUUCAUCCCCUUUCUCUUUGUAUAAACCUCCUGUUUCAGAACAAAAUUGUAGUCUAAGUUCAUUUGCAGCCUUGCCCAAGGAUCCCCAGGCUGUGCUGACCCCCAGGAAUAGGGCAAAGGGUGUUCCCAAACAGCAGGCACCUCAGUGCCCUCAGUUAUCCUGGGCAAGGGGCUUGGCUGCCCCCUGCUUCUCCCCAUGGUGCAGGGGCAUUCUAAGCUAGGCUGCAGACAGGGCAGGGUUGGCUUCUUGGCCAUUCCUUCUGUGCCCCCUUCUUCUGACUGGUAUCUCCCUGGAGAUCCCCAGAGGAUCUGCCCAGAGCCAGGUGGUCUCUGGCCCUGAGAUAGAGCUGGCUGCAGGCUUACAAGCACUUCUGGGGACAUCCAGAGGGGAGGGGCAGUAAGCACAACGGAGCUAAGGAGACUUCAGAUGGACUCAAACCCAGAGCAAUAACCCUCUCACACCACCCCGCGGCUAAGGCACCCAUGUUCCCCAGUAGAUCAAGCCAGAGGCUUGCAAGAAGGAAGUGGAAUGAGGCUGCCUAUCCAAAGUCCAUCUACCACCCAGACCUUGGUCAUGUAAGUACAUUUGGAAGAUCUGUUCUUGGCCCGUUCCCGAUUGGCCUGGUCUACACAGCCAAAAAUUCAGACUAGAUUAGAUGUUUGCAGGCAAUUCUGUAGCAAAGCAGGUUCCCCUACCCUGUCCUGCCCGCUAGAAGCUGCCUUAGCCUCCCUGAAUGGGUGUGGUCUCUGGGCCUAGGACUCCUCCCUAAGAGGAAAAGCGCUCUCCAGCCACAUCUUAGCAGCCCCACAGCCACAGCAUCAGGGCAGCUGCAGCAAGUGACCAGCCACCCAUCGGGUUAGAUACACAAGGCACCAGGCACUGGCAUCUGACUAAAAUAACCUUUCCCUACAUGGGAAGAAGAAAGCUUGUAGGUUGGCACAUAUAAAUGUCCAGCCACAACCAGAUGGCCUGACCUAAGCAGCAGGAACUCUCUUGGGAGGAGCCUUCUGCCCUUCCAGAAAGUGAUGUGUCAGCUUUGUUCUCCUGGAAAGGUGUUGCUAUACCCCAGGAACAAAGCAAGGCCCAACUGCGAGUGCAGUCAGCCGGACCUGUGCUCCAGGCUUACCGCCGCUGAGUGGCCAUGAGGGGGCCCCGGCCAGCACCCUGGGAGGGACCUCUUGCGACUCUGAGUUGCAGCUUGGACUAGCUGAACACAUGGGGACAUGCUCCAGGGGCUUCUUCCCUGGCAGGAUUCCUGGGAUGUUCUAACUACCUCACCAACAGGACGCUGAGCCGGGAGCCUGCCACCCUACUGGCUCCCUUGGUGAUUAUGGAAGGUGAUGUUUUUCCUAAAAUGCAUCCCUCCUGUUCUGCUCCAAAUACAUGAGCUUCAAAAACCGCCACCAGGAAAGCCUUCCCAGAAGAGGGAAAGGAUUGAGGGCUCUCUUCCUUUGGCCCCUGCAAAAUGUAUUGGAGGGAGGUGUUGCUGCAAGGUCCAGGAGCUGGGAAGCUCUGGGCUCGGGGGGAGAUAAUGCACCACCAGCCUCGAAAAGGAGCUGCCCAAGUUGAAUAUGUAGCAAAGACCAUGGGAUAAGUUGAAUAGUGGCCAAAUGAAUCACUAAUAACUCACCAUGGGACCCUCUGAAGAGAGGCCUAUGCUCGUGUAACCAUAGCAACAGCAGAUGCCAGCAACCUACUCAUUAGUACCACCCAGUGAUAAGGCAUCCCCUGGGCUAGACCCAGGGGCCAUAAAGUAGCAAAGUAGCAAAUGUAGCAAUAAGGGGCCCGGGUCUAUGUGGCGACAGGGUCCAAAUGACCAGGCCUCGGCCCUCUCCCCAGCCCCAAUGAGGGCUCAGAGCCAGCUGCUGUCAGCUGUCUGGGGAGGGAAGGCCCUGCUCCACACCGGGGACCCCUGUUCUAUACUCUAAGCCCACUCACCGCAUGAUCACGGACACGUCGGAAUGGCCUCCUCUUAGUGCAUGUGGUUCUCAUUAGUUUAUUUUUCUGGAAUUUGGGGAUUGGACCCCAGAACCAAACAUGCUGGUACGGUCUAAAAAUAAAUGACUUGAACCCACUUCAAUCCA